GUGCGCGGCGGGAGCGCGGCCCGGGCGGAGCGCUCGCCAUGGCUGGCGUGGAGCUGUUCUCGCACCCAGCGCUCUACACGCGCUACCGGGCCGGGCUCUGCUCCGCUGCGGCACUGGCGCUGUUGCUCAUCACCGCGCUCACCUAUGUGCCGCCGCUGCUGGUGGCCUACCGGAGCCACGGUUUCUGGCUGAAGCAGAGCACGUACCUGGAGCAGCCCACUGUGCGGUUCCGGUACGAGGUUCUCCUCGUCGCCACCAUCGGGCCCAGCCCGGGCAGCUUCUUGGCGUGGAGCACGUUCCCAGCGUUCAACAGGCUGCAGGAGGACCGGCUCCGAGUCCCGCUCCUGGCGACUAGAGAAGAAGACAAAAAUCAAGAUGGCAAAAUGGAUCAGUUGCAUUUUGAAUUGGAACUUCCACUCCAACCCACAGAGCAUGUAUUUGGCAUUCAGCUGAUUCUACUCUUUUCCUACCAGCUUUAUAGAAUGUCAACAUUUGUGAUGCAGAGCAUGGCUUUUCUUCAGUUUUUUUCUCCUGUGCCCGGGUCUCGGCUCUAUAUGAAUGGAGACCUGAAACUGAACCAGAGGCAAUUACUUAACCAUUGUGGACUGGAUACCAGAUACAAUGUGUCUGUGGUCAAUGGCACAAGUCCUUUUGCAAGUGACUAUGAUCUAACAAACAUCAUUGCAGCAUAUUGGGAUAGAAAUGUGACAACAGUCUUUUCAGAUCCCAGCCCUGUUUGGAUGACAGGAAGAGCAACAGAUACACCAUUUAUCAUUAAUGCCACUAUUCAUUAUCCAGUGGAAGUUAUUUUAUAUCAGCCAGGAUUCUGGGAAAUUAUUAAAUUUGCCUGGAUCCAGUAUGUCAGCAUCCUCCUUAUCUUUCUUUGGGUGUUUGGUAGGAUUAAGAUGUUUUUGUUCCAGAAUCAGGUGUUGACUACAAUUCCAGUAUCAUCAGUUCUGCCAGUGUCUCCAGUACUAUCCUACAAACACCACCAGUCCUGAGGAGAUGCCUGAGAACACUUUAAUGAAAUGCAGUUCAAAAAUAGUCACCUGCUUUUAUUCUCUAUUCACUUUUUACUUUGGAAGAUCAGAAUUUUGUAAGUAUGUUUCAAGUAUGCUCUGUUUGUGCUUUCUUUUUAAAUACAAGUUCAUUCAUCUAAUUUUUCUGGGAACACUGCUUUGGAACUGAAAAUUUUAAUUUUUUUGACAAUUAAGAGUUAAAGAAGAGCUUAGUUAUUUUUUUUUGCAACUGGACCACACUUUAAAAGCCAGUAGGAAGCAAUGAGUCUGCUUUUGCAUUAUCUUAAUUUUGCUACACCUUGAAGACUGAAAAUAAUAUGCUAAAAGUAACAAUAUAAACUGGUUUUACUGUCUUGUGAAUUAAUUCACUUCUGACUUAGAGUUCUGUCCAGAGCUGUUUGUACAUGCAUUUAUGUACACUAUGAAAUGAAACAAAAUAUGAGGAAUGUGAAAAAAUGUAUGGAUGAGUUAAGGUCAGAGACACUCCUGUCACAGUACAGCCACAGUUAUGUGGCUAUACAUGCUCAGCAAUUUAGUUGUUAAAUUGGAUGAUGGAUAAAUUCAA